GCUCUGUGGAUCCUCUCUGUCCUGCUUUCUAUCCACCGUCCCCAACAGUCACACACUACUGUAGAUGGGGGGUGGGGGUGAUGUCGGGAGAAACGAAGCUGGCGCAGCUGCUUCUAUUUCAGUCCUGUAGGAAGCGUCUCGAUCCUUUUACAUUCUCCAGCUUUGGUCCUACCAGCCAGGAAGGACUCAGCGCAACAUCCUCAGACACACAGAUAGGGUUAGCUGGGGCUCACGGGGACUUUCCCAGGGUCACCUAGCAGGUCAGACCUCAAACCUUGGUCUCCAGACCCACCCUUCAGGACCCUGAGCUCUAGCAAUUAAUACAUCCUGUUGUAGUCUCCUUUAGACUGGAACCCCCUCAAUCCCCUCUCCCAACAUUCACCUGUGAUUUCUUGGGGCCCCUAAUGGCAGUUACGCCUGGUCCCAGCAGAGCUUACCUAGCUGGCACCAUCCCUCCUAGGGGCUGAAGGAGCGAGAGGAUGGAUGAAUGGAUGUGAAGAUGGAUGGGUACUCCCUGGACUCUACCUCGGAAACUUCAUUGAUGCCAAAGAUCUGGAUCAGCUGGGCCGGAACAAGAUCACACACAUUAUCUCUAUCCAUGAGUCACCCCAGCCUCUGCUGCAGGAUAUCACCUACCUUCGCAUCCCGGUGGCUGAUACCCCUGAGGUACCCAUCAAAAAGCACUUCAAAGAAUGUAUCAACUUCAUCCACUGCUGCCGCCUUAAUGGGGGGAACUGCCUUGUGCACUGCUCAGGAGGCAAGCAUGGGAGAGCUGAAGCAGGGAUGCGGUGCCUGGGGGUCAUGGAGGACACUGGAUCUUACUUGAAGCCUGAAGCAUUGUCGGGAUUCCAGCUUUGCAGCUCCGCCGGCAGCUGGAGGAGCGCUUCGGCGAGAGCCCCUUCCGCGACGAGGAGGAGCUGCGCGCGCUGCUUCCGCUGUGCAGGCGCUGCCGACAGGGCUCCGCGACCUCGACCGCCUCCGCCGGGCCGCACUCCGCCGCCUCCGAGGGAACCCUGCAGCGCCUGGUGCCGCGCUCGCCCCGGGAAGCUCACCGGCCGCUGCCGCUGCUGGCGCGCGUCAAGCAGACUUUCUCUUGUCUCCCGCGGUGUCUGUCCCGCAAGGGCGGCAAGUGAGGAUGCAGUCCCGCCGCGGCUCCCCACUUCCACCCGACUGGCUCCCUUCGGGGGCUGUCUGCGCCUUCCACGCUCCCCAGGACGGGCCCAGAAGCGGGGGGAGCCCCGAGGCUGCCUGAACCCUGCCUCCCGCGCCCGCCCUGCUCCUCCGCGUCUGCAGGCAGCGUCCCCGACCUGUGCGUCUCUGUGUCCGGGCCGGCCUGCUGCAGCCACCUGGUGCCUUAGUCCUUGGGCUGGGGGAGGGAGCCCACCCUUAAAGGCGGCGGGAGGGGAGGGAGGGGGACCGGAAGGUUGGACGGGCCUGGAGGAUAUUAAAGAGACACAGAAGAAGCUGCCUGUCCGAGUGCCUCCCAGUCAUUCAACAAAGGCCUGGCCGCAGGACUCUGCCAGGGGCCAGCAGCCUGCAGGAAAGGGGAUGGGAGCAGCCCACCACCCUCCCGCCACUGCGGUCUGCGGAGUUGCCUCCUGGGACCACCCUGGCUUCUCUAACAAUACAUUUCUUCCAAAGUGGCGGUGUCCCGCCUGACAAGGCCUGAGUCCCUCCUCUCAGAACCCCCUUCCACCUUUUGAACCCUUCUCCUCCACUCUGAGGGGCUCCUCCCCUCCCCGACUCCCUUCCCUUUCCUUCGCACAAAUACUAGCUAGUAAGGUAAGGUAGUGCCUCCCUCAACCUGACCUUUUACUGCAUGAGUUCACUCAAUCCUCAGGGAGGAAACAGAGGCUCAGAGAGAUCAAGCAGCUUGCCCAAGCACACAGCUAGAGCAGGGGAAGCUGAACGUGAACUUAGGCUGAGUCCCAUGAUAGGUAGUUGGGAAGCGGCUCCUCUGGUUUGGGGAGGUUCCUGGCAAGGAGGCUCCACCCCCAGCUAGUGGGACUGACCCUUCCCGCCAAGACUUUAAAGCCCAGGGCCGCCCAUCAAACAGCAGCUGACCCUGAGGAUGAGCAGAAGUCAUUGCAGCUGAUAUUUCCAGCACCAAAAUUAACCCAAAGUUGAGAGGG